GUUUCCAUACACUAUGGAGGAAAUAGUCGUUAAAGAAGAACUGGUCGACGAUUACGAAGGUGAUAUUUUGAUAAAUUACAGUAAACCAAGUACCUUUGCUGAACAAGAAAUGCCUUCAACUUUUGGAAUAGCAAUAAAACAAGAAAUCAAAGAAGAAUUGGAUGAUAACGACAACUUCAUAGUCUACGAUGAAACGGAGGUAAAAGAAGAAUCAGAAAUGUACACAAAUGAAGUAGACGAUUUUGAUGGUGUAGAGGAAGUCGAAAUGAAAUUCGAAGCCGAGGAUGAAAUUUUUCUUGACAAAGGGUAUGAAGUGUGGCUAAACGGCGAAGACAUCGGUCCGCAUCCAGAGGACCCCGACAGAAAGGUCGCCGCACCUUUACCGCCUAUGCAGGACAUUCUGUGUAACAAGAACAACACUUCCCUGCCGCAAUGUUUUCUGGAGGCGUCGAAAAAAGGACAUGGACCAAUGAACUACUCUCACAGGUUUCCAGAAUUUCCUGCGGAAUUGCAUCUGGAACUCGUGGAAGAAGACAAUAUGAAUUAUUCUGACGAUAUUGCUCCUGAUAAGCAACAAUUGGAAGUUUUGGAGGAUACUUGGUUAAAAACUGGGGAAAUAGAAGCUGAAGACGCGACGAUCUGCAGCGCAGGUUACAACUUAAGAAAGCGUCCCGUGCCGAAAGACGCCGCCGUCGCGACGUCGUCUUCCGGCGGCGGCAAAGGCCGACCCAAAAAGGCCGCCAAAAAGUUCGAAGCGGAUGAAUUGAUCGGAAUUUAUGCGCCUUGCGAUGGUAAGAGUAAAAAGGUCUGCGGUCCUAUAGUAGCGCCUCUAUCGAUUCUUGAAGACGCUAAAAACGAACUAGUGAAAUCCCUUGUGGCGCAAGAAACGAAACACGUUAUGGCGAAAAAGCAAAACAAACACAAGGACCGAGACUCCGAGAAAAAACAGAAAAAACGCAAACACCACCAUGACACCACAAUUUUACCGAAACAUGUUGAAACUAUCAAUACAGUGUCAAAACCAAAACCUGUUUGCACCAGUGUAUCUAGUAGCGCCAGUACUAGUUCUAGUACUAGUAGUGGCACCGUGAUUAAGUACGAGAACGCGUUCCUAAACUUACUCAGCCAGAAGGAGGCUCGCAAAAAGGACAAACAAAAAGCCAAACAAAGAAUAGUUAAAAAAGAUGACGCAAACUCUGUGAUAGCAAUGCCCGAACUUAGUUUCCCGCUAAAAGAAAAAUGUUACGUUAAUCGCAACGAAAUGCCCGAGUUGGCGGCCAUGAGUUUGCAACAAAAUGAUGUGUAAAAUUUUGCACAACAAAACGUGCAAAUGGAGCAACAGAAGGUCUUAAACACGCCACCUGAGAUUUACGUUUUAAACCAAAACGACAAUUUGCAAACGAACGCUCCUAACAAUACAGGGUGUCACCAAUUAAGUUGUCAUCCUUUAAGGAGAUGAUAGUACACGCCAAAAUAAGAAAGUUAUUCCUCUAUCAUUUUUGCAUUAGUGUAAUUUUUUUUUAUAAAAAAAAUCAUUAAAAAUAUUAUAAGUAAAUUUCGGGCCGCCACUGGUUGUUCCUGACCUACGACAACUGACGCAAAAUUUGCUUGCACAGUAGGCAAUAAUCUACAUUCAUUAAGUGUUCUACAAAAUCACUACAAACCAACAUUGAAUAAGCUUAAAAGUUUGCUUGGAUGAAUAAUAUUAUUGUUUUUAGACGUAAACAAUGAUGAUGUAUUGGAUAGGUCAGUGACAUCCAGUGGCUCCCUGAUUUUGUCAAAAAAAAUUCACAUUUUUUUUAAACAGCAAAAAUGAUGGAGGAAAAACUUUCUUCUUUUGGCAUGUACUAUCAUCCCCCAACAGGUGACAAUUUAUUAGGUGACACCCUGUAUUAAAACGAGGACACUAAAAGAUCAAUACAGAAAAUUAAAGGAAAAAAUCCUAGACCACCAAAAAAAAAUCAUUCUACUGCUACAAUAUUCUGCAAUAAAAACGAUAUUACGUCCGUAUUUGGAGCUCAAACGUGAUAAUUUGAAGCCCAUGGAGGUCAAAGUGUCAGUUACCCAACUGUAUGCAAAAAAAGAGAUGGAGGAGGAGGGGGGGAAUAGUUGCUGCGCCGUGGUGGUCGAAAAAGAGGCUGUUACCGCGCAGUGGCGAUAAGGAUGUCAAAAGAGUUCAUUUCGAAGACUAGUCAAAAUUGGAAAUAACCAGAGAACAUAUUUAUUUUACGACUGAACCAAUUCCUAAACGUAUAGCCACCAAUCUGAUGACUAUGGGUUGAUUUUUGUUUAUUUUUUUCUUCUUUUUAUGCAUUGUCGUAUGCGAGCGACAUGAAUAACAUUGAUCAUUUGUACGAUUUAGAGAAACCGCUCCCUGAAAAGAGACCUGUCAAGAAAAAAGUAG